AUGACGUCCAAGAUUCGUAGCGCGUGGAGGACGAAGGCUACUACCUAUUGCAGACAAGCAACAGAAGAGUUUAAGAAGCUUGCGCCUAACAAGAAAUGGCUGAAGAUACUAAAGCUAAAGUUGGAGGAGGUUCGCAUCAAAUUACAAGCCAUUGAAGAGACCAGUAUGAAUGAAACGACCACCAGUGGGGAUGGUGAGGAUGAAAAGUAUGAAGAGUACGAUGAAAAAAUCCUCUGUUGCAUUGCCGACAUUGAAGAAGAGUGUCAACCAGACCCGCAACAAGCGCAGCAACAACAAAUGGGUGGUGCUGGCGGCGGUGGAGCGGCGAUGGGCGGUGCGGGUGCGACCAGCAGCAGCUCAUACUACUUUCCCAGGCUGAAGUUGAGGGAGUUUUCUGGCGAGUUGACUGAAUGGCUGGGGUUUUGGGAUUCAUUCAAGAUUGUACAUGAUGACAAGGGAUUGGACGAUGUGAGAAAGUUCCAGUUCCUACUGGGGUGCAUGGUACCAGGGUCCAAGGCAAAGGAAGUUGUGGAAUCCUACCCGAUGAAUGCUGCAAAUUACGCAAAGGCGGUGGAGGCCCUGAGAUCAAACUUUGGCAAGGAGAAACUGCUACAGUUGGUAUAUGUAAGAGAGCUCUUAUCUAUGAGUAAUGGGAGGAAUGGGCAUGAAUCUUUAUCAAGUUUGUUUAACAAAUUGAAAUCGAGAUAUGAGGCCUUACAGACUUUAGGAGUUACCACACAGCAGGCGUCGAUAUUUCUGUAUGCCAUUGUGGAAUCAUGCUUAUCAGAAGAUGUGUUAACUGCCUGGCAGAGAUCGUCCGAUUUUGGUAGGGAUGGGAGCAAGGAGCGACCACCCAAGACCGAUAUGGAUUAUUUGAUGGAUUUCCUGCAGAGAGAAGUGGAAAAUGAAGUGCAGCGAAAUAUGGCCAGGUCAGGAUAUGGUGAAACGAGUGCAACACCAAAGUCGUCGAGUGAAAAAGGGCACCAUCGUGAAAGGAGAGACACUCCAAGUACGGCAGCGAAUCUCUUCGGUGGUGCAGUCCAUGACGGAAAGCAGCAGUGUUUGUUCUGCAAAAAGGGUCAUCCUUCGGCAAAGUGUUGGAAGGCGCAGAGAAUGAGCCUAGAAGAAAGGCAACAUUUGGUUCGUAAUUGCGGUGUUUGUUUUUCUUGUCUUCAGGGUGGACAUUUGGCAAAGUCGUGCAAAGCUGGGGUCCAGUGUUCUCUGUGCACAAAGAGGGGUCAUCUCGCGCUGAUGUGUAGGCUCGGGAGUGACAAGAAGACUGAUGAGGGGCCUGAUGCUAAUGUGGCAGCCCAUAUGGUCAGUCAAUCUGUGACGAAGGAUGUGCAACUUUACACCCUCAACGUGAAACUGAGGGGAAAGCGAGGCAUUGUGGAUGCAAGACUCUUAUUCGAUAGCGGAUGUCAAAGGAGCUAUGUUAAGAAGUCGACAGUGGCCAAAUUGGGAAUCAGUGCUGUGGGGCGAGAAGAAUUUCGCAAGGCGCUGUUCGGUGGCCAACUAACUGAGGUCAAGUCGCAUAAUCGGUAUAAGCUUGAAUUACUGAAUGUUGAUGGACAGAGACCGAUGUCAUUGGAAUUUCUUGAGGAGGACACGAUAUGUGCAAAGAUUGGUCGUGUCCCACCAGGCCCAGGGAUUGCGGAGCUGGCCAAGAAGAAGGUCACAGUAGGGGACGUGGGUCAUGGUUCUGCUGAAAUUGAUUUGCUGAUAGGUGGAGAUCAAUUUGGACAGCUACUCACCAACAAAGUUAUCCAGUUAGAGUGCGGCUUGACGGCGAUAGAGACAAGUCUUGGGUGGACAGUCGGUGGUCGUGUGCCGGUGGUGAGUGAAUCAAAAUGUGAAGAAGUGGCGAAACAACACUUUCAAGAGAAUGUCACGAAAGAUGAUGAUGGGCGUUUCUGUGUCGCUCUGCCUUGGAAAAAUGGGGAGCAGAAGAUGUCGUCCAAUCGUGUCGUGGCUGAGAAGAGGUUGGAGUCGGCUACUAAAAAUUUGGUGAAGGAAGGGUACUUGGAAAAGUACAACAAGGUGUUCAGAGAUUGGGAAAUGGAUGGCGUUAUAGAGGCAGUGAAAGAAGAAUCCUGCGACAACGCUCAUUAUCUUCCCCACCGUGCCGUUAUUAAGCCUGAGAGUGCCACCACACCAGUUCGACCCGUGUUUGAUGGGUCAUGCAAGUUCGGAAGGAACCCGUCGCUCAACGAUUUACUUGAGGUCGGUCCUAACUUAUUGGAAUCAGUGCCAUCAAUUCUGUUGCGUUUUAGGAGAGGUCGCUUCGGUGUCACCGCGGACAUAAGGAAAGCGUUCCUUAUGGUGGGAGUGCGCGAAAGGGAUCGUGACUACCUCCGCUUCCUAUGGUGGGAGGACAUUAGCAAACGGGAUGUCUACAAAAUUUAUCGACAUAAGCGGGUGGUUUUUGGGGUCAACUCGAGUCCAUUUUUGCUCGGUGCAGCCAUCAAUCAUCAAUUGGAAGCUAAAGCCGAUGAAUUUCCAUCAACUUGUGAAAUAUUGCGAGAGUCUUUCUAUGUGGAUAAUUUGGUCUGCUCCGUGGAUUCAAAAGAAGAUCAAGACCGUGUCGUGUCUCAAGCUACAUCGAUCAUGGGCGAGGUGAAGAUGGAGCUAACGCAGUGGGGGAUUAGCCUUGGCGGCUUGACCAGAGGGGCGACUCUCCCCUGUGAAAGCUCCCUUAAAGUCCUCGGCAUGAAGUGGGACACGGCAGAGGAUUGUCUGACGUUAGACAUUCCAGAAUUUGACAUGGGCAGAACAGUGACAAAGAGGACAGUUUUAGCAGACCCCGCAAGAAUAUUCGACCCACUCGGUUUGGUAUGUGCAGUAAUGGUGCUGCCUAAAAUCAUUCUACAGAAGUCGUGGAAAGAUAAGACAGGUUGGGAUGAAGCACUAGGAAAAGCAGAAGAAAGUGAGUAUGUCAAUUGGCUGAAGCAGUUGCCAAUGUUAAGUAUGUUGAAGAUCCCUCGCCAUCAUUUUGCUGGAUGUGACCGGCCGGAGGGAGGAGAAAUUCAUGCGUUCAGUGAUGCAAGCUACCGUGCCUACGCUGCAGUCAUUUUUAUAAGGUUUAAAAUUGGAAAAGAUAUUGUGGUAAAGUUGUUGCAGGCGAGGAGCAGAGUUGCGCCGAUGCAAAAGAUAACCAUACCUCGUCUCGAACUGUUGGGAUGCUACAUCACCGCUAAUUUGACAAUAGAGUUGAAGAAAUCGUUGCAAUAUGAGAACAUGCCCACAUUCUUCUGGAGUGAUUCCACCACCGCGUUGGCGUGGAUCAAGAGGAACGACGAGCUAGGAACAUUUGUUGGGAACCGGGUGUCAUCUAUUCUGGAGAGCACAGUUGCCGAGCAGUGGAGACACGUCCCGGAUGGUGGGAGGGACCGAAUUGGUUAUGUAAGAGCAAGAGCGAAUGGCCAAAUCAGAACGUGA